AUGUGCUGGUCACAGUGUGGAAAGAGUUUUAAUCAGCAGAGUACUCUCCAACUACACCAGCGCAUUCACGCAGGAGAGAAGCCGUAUCACUGCUCACAGUGUGGGAAGAGUUUUACUCGUCAGAGUAAUCUCCAAAUACACCAGCGCAUUCACACAGGAGAGAAGCCGCAUCACUGCUCACAGUGUGGGAAGAGUUUGACUCCGCAGAGUCACUUCCAAACACACCAGCGCAUUCACACAGGAGAGAAGCCGUUUCACUGCUCACAGUGUGGGAAGAUGUUUGCUUGUUUAGUUACAUUUAAGACCUUCAAGUGCACUAACUCAGAGACAUUGCAUGAUUUAAAGUUGUCAAAUUAAAUAUGGUUGUUACAGUUUUGACUGAAAAUGACCUGUACUUUGAACUUUAUUGUUCAUGUUACACUAGUCAACAAUUUUUCAGAAGUUGUCUGCUUCAGAGAUGAAAUUGGCUAUUAUGAAAUUUGGUUUGUUGAAUUAGAAGUGACAGUUAAUCAGCUGAUUGGCUAUGGCUUCCAAGAUAUUUAAGAUUUUAAAUUUUGUACUUAUGUACAUUGUAUAGAUCGUAAUGUUUUAAAUAUAAAUUGUAAAACUAGGUCUCUUGUGUUUAUGGUCAGU